GUGUUGCUUAUACAUGUACUACGGUAAGUGCUGCGCCUCUCCUCCAGUCUUUACGGUGUGUCUCCAGCCCAUGUGUGCGGAAGUGGCUCCACUUGUUCUGCUUCUGUUUUGUGACACAGAAAACGCUCCAGAGAGGGGGAUCUCUGAGGAGGCAGAGUUUAGAAAUUUCAGCCCGACUUUGGAGUGACGGUGGCCGGCGGGGAGGAUCUGGAGAAGCAGGGGCUGAAACAUGGGCCUCCUGGCGAGGGUGCGGAAAGAGUGGUUCAUCAUCGGGAUAGUGCUGGUCAUCUUAUCCGCCAAACUGCAGCCGAGCAUCGGUGUGAGAGGAGGUCCAUUAAAGCCGGAGAUCACUGUUGCUUACUUCGCCGUAUCGCUCAUAUUCUUCAACAGCGGCCUGUCACUGAAAACAGAGGAGCUGACCAGUGCGUUGCUUCACGUGCGGCUGCACCUCUUCGUCCAGUCCUUCACCCUCGUCUUCUUCCCGCUCGCCGUCUGGCUGCUGCUCAGAGUCCUCUCUCUCACCAACAUCGACCAAUGGCUGCUCAGAGGGUUACAGACUGUGAGCUGCAUGCCCCCCCCGGUAUCUUCAGCCGUCAUUCUCACCAAGGCUGUAGGAGGCAACGAGGCUGCUGCCAUCUUUAACUCAGCCUUCGGGAGUUUCCUGGGGAUCAUCGUCACCCCGCUGCUGCUGCUGCUCUUUCUGGGCUCCUCCUCCUCUGUCCCGUUCUCCUCCAUCUUCACUCAGCUCUUCAUGACGGUGGUGGUUCCCCUCGUCCUUGGGCAGGUGUGUCGGGGCUUCCUGAGGGAGUACCUGGAGAGGAGGAAGCUGCCCUUCAGCGCGGUCAGCAGCCUGGUGCUCCUCCUCAUCAUCUUCACCACCUUCUGCGACACCUUCAGCAACCCCAACAUCGAGCUGGAGCCCAGCAGCCUGCUCCUCAUCGUCAUCAUCAUUUUCUCCAUUCAGCUGAGCUUCAUGCUGCUCACGUUUGCCUUUUCCACCAGGUCGGGGUCAGGGUUCAGCCCCGCAGACACCGUCGCCAUCAUCUUCUGCUCCACACACAAGUCCCUCACUCUGGGUAUCCCGAUGCUGAAGAUCGUCUUCGAGGGGUACGAACAUCUCUCCCUGAUCUCCGUCCCGCUGCUCAUCUACCACCCGGCUCAGAUCCUGCUGGGAUCAAUCCUCGUACCGAGCAUCCGCAGAUGGAUGACCAGCAGGCAGAAGUCUAGUCUGUUGUUGAGAUAGGGCGGUGAAGCUGUCAGCCCUGCAGCCCGUCUGAUGGAGAAACCAAACGCGUUUUUUUGUGGAUGUGCACCGUGUGUGUUUGUGCUGUGAAAGGGGACUACGGCGGAGGGAUACGUGCCUUAUUACAAACAACAGAGACCUCAGCGCACCUUCUCAGUGUCUACUGAAACUUCCAUCAUAUAUUUAUAUAUACUCUUUUAUAUUUAAAAGACGUUUUAUUUUUAUAUGAAGAACCCAAAGAUUCCUGGACAGAAAAGGGAGCGUUUGAUUUGUGCAUCUGCGCUUCUUGACAGGACGGGUGGAGUUACUGGGACCAACGUUUUUGUGGAUUUUUCUUGCUUUUUUCUACUUUUUCUAUCUUUCUCCUAGCUGUCACUGCCAGACAACAUGUUACUUUUAUUUACCUUGAUAGUUUUGAACUAAUGCUUGUUUAUCUGAUGUUUAAUAUACCAUAUAAUAAUGCUUUCUGAUUCUUUCCAGUUUAUGAUUGUCCUGUGGUGAGGGGAUGGUGAGAUACCCAACUGAUGAAGCUGUGAUAUUAACAUUGAGGUAGGGAGUCCUAAUAUAUAACUAAUAUAUAUAAUAUACAACCUUAUUGGUGUAUCACAUCUUCCUGAAUGUAGAUCUGAGAGAAGCUGUCAUUUCUUUCAAAAAUACAGAAACGCUUUUUCCAGUUUAUUUGGUAGAUUUACAAAUCUCUGCGGACUGAAGCCUCUACUGCUAAAACUCUAUUUGAAUGGUUUACCAGUUACAGUUAUAUUUACAGUCAAGCUGUUUUUGCCAGAAGUAUAUUUUUGGAUAAAGAAUAUCAAGUACACAAAAAAGUAUGUGGAAAUAAAACUUCAAACUUUAAAAAACAUG